AUGGAGCCAAUUUUCGAACACAAUUCGCCCUCAAUAGGGACUUCGGACACCUUGGGUGUCAAAAACGUACCCCCUGGCAACGAGCAUUCCUCACCUUCGGAUAUCGAAAAAGGGACGGGCAACCUUUCCGCCACAGAUGACCAAGUGCCCUUCGACGCCGAGAUUACUUAUCCCGAGGGUGGGCGUGAUGCCUGGCUAGUGGUGUUGGGUGCGUGGUGUGGCUUAACCUCGUCAUUGGGCAUCUACAAUACAACUGGGGUUUUCGAGGUUGUUAUCUCAAGAGUACUUUUACCUGAUGUCUCUUCAUCCAAUAUUGGCUGGAUCUUUUCAGUCUACGCCUUCUUAAACUGGGUCUGUGGGAUGCAGAUUGGGCCGACGUUUGAUGCAAUGGGUCCUCGCUUACUGAUCCUUGCCGGGUCCAUUUGCACUUUGGUUGGCAUUUUCACGCUCAGCGUAUCUACAGAAUACUAUCAGAUCUUUCUGUCUUUCUCUAUAUUGAUAGGGAUCGGUUCAUCCCUGCUCAUCACUCCAUCCAUGGGAUGCGUCGCCCACUGGUUCAUGAAACGCCGCGGUCUUGCCAGUGGAAUAGCAUUUAUUGGAGGUGGUUUUGGUGGCGUCCUAUUCCCGCUGAUGAUACAAGCACUCCUCCCUCAAGUCGGCUGGGGAUGGUCGAUACGGAUCCUGGGAUUCGUGCUGCUUGUGCUCUGUGCUAUUAGCGUGGCAUUUUGCCGAAGCAGAGUCCCACCGCGGAAAGGAACAGAAACCACCUGGCGAGAUACAUUGCCGGACCCUAAAAUCUUCCUUGAUGGGACUGGAGCAAUGGCAGGCACAACCGCUGGAGUCCUUUUGACUGAUCUGGCAUAUUUCAUUCCCAUCACAUACACGCCAAUCUACUACAUCGAUAGACAGCAUCUUUCUCAAGGCGCGGCCCUGACGGGGUCAUCGGCGUUUGCAUAUCAGCUUCUCGCGAUCCUGAAUGCUGCUUCGUGCGUUGGCCGGUAUGUGGCCGGUGAUAUGGCUGACCGAUUCGGCCGAUACAAUACCAUGAUUGUUUCCUUAUUCUUUUGCACGGUAUCAGUUCUAUGCUUCUGGCUGCCAGACAUAGUCACACCAAACCUGGAUAACUCCGCACUUCUUGUCGUCUUUAUUCUAAUUUUCGGAUUUUGCAGCGGCUCCAAUGUUAGCUUGACACCAAUCUGCCUUGGCCAGCUUUGCGAAACACAAGAAUAUGGACGUUAUUAUGCGACUUGCUUCACGGUAGUAUCUUUAGGACUACUGGUAAGUAUUCCUAUCGCUGGAGGCCUUCUCGGUGCGGUGGAGGCGACAGGAAAAGAAAAAUAUUGGGGCGUCGCUCUUUUUGCUGGACUGAGCUAUGCGGCCGCUUUUCUGUCUUUUCUAUGGGUCAGGAUCAAAGUCAAGGGAUGGGAUUGGAGGAUUCAAUGGUAA